AUGCGCGCUUGGUACUCCCCUGGUAUCCCACUCCCUGAUGCUCGUCUCGCGUUUGAGACGGCGCUGGUCCGCCAUUUCGAGAUUCAGUAUGCUAUGGACAACGUCGUCGUCGUUGACGCAUCUACCUCGCCGUUUGGAACACUUUCGGCGACAAUAUACGGAUUCGAAGGUCCCAAUGGCGGUGCUUUGGAGGUAGCUAUCACGUUAGACGACAAGGGCGGGGAGGACGACGAGGGAGACGACGAGGGAGACGACGAGGUCUGUCGACGGGGCUUCACACACCGGGUGCAACAAUUCGAUCCAUUGCCCUACGAAGAGCUGGAUCCACUCCGCGUUUUCUGCGCCUACCUACUCUGCUUUUGGGUGCUGCUGUAG